UUAUUAUUUAUUUGUAAUCCUUAAAAUAGUAGAACUAAAAAAGAAGAGGGAAAACGAAAGCCCCAAACUCGAGUGCUGCAACCAGUGGCGACGCCGUUAACCUCAAAACGACACUCGAUGGAGCCAUCGUCGUCGUUGUUAGGGUUCGAAGAAGAGGCGAAGGUGUCUUCAUCAAGUGCCCGAAGAUUGGUCCCUUGGUUGAACUGGCACGAGUGGCUCUUCGUUAAACACGCUCUCUUCUCCGAUUCCCCUCACUCUGCUCUCAAACGAAUAUCCGCAUGGCGAAGUCGAGCUUCUUUGCCGGUUCUCAUCGAAGUCACCGCUUCCAUCAUCGAAAUUCAACUCAAAGAUCCCUGUUUCAGACAGGAUGAAUCCAAUGAUGCUUCUCUUUCCGAGGAGAUGCUUGCUAUGCUGUAUUGCAUGGCAAUCAUGAGGCUUGUGAAUGGUGUUAUUGAGAAGACGCGCAAGAAAGAGGUGGCGUCCAUAGCAGUGGCAGCUGAUGCCAUUGGUAUUCCGCGCAUGCUGAUUGAUAUUCGCCAUGAGGGAUCACAUCGGGAGCUUCCGUCACUUAAGAUUGUUCGUAGCGCUUCUAUUAAGGCACUUGAUUGGUUAAAAUCUUAUUAUUGGGAACCUCAGAGCAAAGCAAUUCCUUUUCAAGGUGAAGGACUAGGAGAAGUCAAGAAAGAAAUCAAGUCUAAGAUUCGUGAAUUAGCUAUCUGCUUGAAAGUCAAUGGAAGUGCCCAGUCUAGUUCAUCACUGCUAAAGGGAAAACGGGUCAAGCAUGGUGAAUUGCUUUUUGGGCGUAAUAAGCUUUUGUCUCUUAUGGUCGGCAAGAGUCAAAUGUCACGAACCGGAGGACCUAAAAAACAGAUCUCAAAGAUCUUGAAAUAUGUUCUUCGGUUAUAUUCCUCCUUUUCUUCAGAGAUUGUUUCUGUGUUGUUGGAGUAUUUGUUGAAAGCUUUAAGUUCCUCAGAGUUGGAAGGGAAUGCAGAUGAUGCUUCAAAUGGUCUAACCACUCAGAAUGUUUUGGCUGAUUGGAAGCUUAUCCUACUCAAAUUGUGUAAUAAGGAACCAGAAAUACUUCUGAACCUUCUUAAGGAAGUCCUUGAUAUGAUUGAGACACGGGAAAACAUGAAGUAUGCAGAAGUGUUUUUUUUUUUGGUAGAUAACCCAAAUAUUGGGAUUUCACACUCAAGGCCAGAGAUUCAACAAAGAGAUUAUCUUUCUUCGUUGUUUGCAUGGCUUGUCGGAAUUCUCAGUAAAGUUCCUUCUGCGGCAGCAAAUAUGCCAAAAAGAGUUUUACAUGAACUUCUUCGUAAAUGUCUUCUAAUAUCACGACUUUGCAACAAGCAGCUCGUGGAUUCAGCACUUCAGCUUGCAGAACUGAUGAAUGACAGCUACUUGAAGGAGAAAGUUCGAAAGUUCUCUCUUAUUAGUUUGUCCAAUUUAGACAGUGCAGAUGAUCAGAGCUCUUUAUUGACUUCAAAAAACAUUUUAAAAUUUGAGGAAUCCAUACUUGAAGCAACCAAAAAGCUAGAGUUGGUUAAACAACAGAUAAUGAAAAAUAAAAAACCAACGGCAAUGGAUUGUGACACUAAAAAAUCACAGACAUGGACUUUGGCAAAAUCGUGGAACCCAUGUCCAAUUGGCAUGUUGCCCCGAACUGUUGGGUCAUCUGGUUAUCUUCCCGUCCUUAAUGUCAUUGACGAUGAAAAACAGAAUCAACUACUUGAAAGUAAAGAGAAUUGGAAAUUGAUCCCACAUGGUAACAAAAGAGAUGCCACUUUAGACCUUCCACAACUUGAUAAUUCAACUGUUAAGAAGAUGAGGAAGACCAAAGAAUUCAGUGAAUCAAACAACGAAUUGCCAAUGCAAGUGGUGAAAGGAUGUCUCUUGGUGGGUGGAGUUUUGAAGAAACUUACAGAAGAAGAGCUACUAGCCAUUGAGUCUUCUGUAAGGAUUUUAGUUUAGUUUAAUUUAUAGUUAUUGCUUAGAUCUUGCCUAAGAUUUAAUUCAUGAUGUUUGUUAUUUAUACGGUUAUUUUUUCAUUUAUGUUAAGAUAUAGUAUGGUACCUGUAAGAUACAGGUGCCUAACCUUAAAAUAUGCAAUUCCAUGAAACAUAAGAUAAUGAAUCCUGUAGCUUAAUUUACCUGA